AAAGCUGACAGAAGUACUUCCGCUCACCUCGGUCACAUGACCCCUGUGCCCUUGGCUCGGCUGUUUCUGACAUGUGAGCAACAGAAACAUGUCUUUCCCCAAAAAACCUGGUGGUAAAGCGUUUGAUGUUUUGAAGACUCUGCCGCGGAUAACUUUAGCAAACUUGCGGCCUGAACCAGGAGCCAGAAAAAAUGAAAAACGGCGGGGCAGAGGACAGCAUGGUGGCAACAGAAGCGGCAGAGGGCACAAAGGAGAGCGGCAGAGAGGCAACCGGCCUCGGCUGGGUUUUGAGGGAGGUCAGACUCCCUUUUAUCUGGCCAUCCCAAAAUAUGGCUAUAAUGAAGGACACAGUCACCGUCCUCAGUACCAGCCUCUGACCCUGAAACGACUGCAGUACCUGAUCGAUCUGGGACGAGUCGACACAACCCAGCCCAUAGACCUGACCCAGCUAGUCAAUGCCAGAGGAGUGACAGUCCAGCCUCUGAAGAGAGACUAUGGAGUCCAGCUCAUUGAAGAGGGUGCCGAUAUUUUUGCUGCAAAGAUAAACAUCGAGGUUCAGAGAGCUUCUGACGGAGCUAUAGCUGCUAUUGAGAAGAACGGAGGGGUCAUCACUACCAGUUUCUAUGACCCUAUAAGUCUUGGGAUUCUCGUCAAGCCCGUCCCAUUUUUCUUGCGUGGGCAGCCUAUUCCAAAGCGAAUGUUACCAGGGCAGGAUAUGCUCCGGUAUUACACAGAUGCUGAAAAUCGGGGUUACCUGGCAGACCCGCAGAAAAUCCAACAAGCCCGACUUGCCCUGGCACAAAAGUAUGGAUAUAUUCUGCCAGACAUUUCAAAGGAUGAACUGUAUCACAUGCUCUCCAUGAGGAAGGAUGUUAGACAGAUCUUCUUUGGCCUCGCUCCAGGCUGGGUCGUUAACAUGGCGGAGAAGAAGAUUCUGAAACCUACUGAUGAGAAACUUCUGAAAUAUUACAGUUCAUAGAUGUGAGAAGAAGUAAAGUAAAUGCUUAUGUACAGUAUCUCAUGGCAAAAGUGUGUCAAAACAUGUGAAGAAGUCUUGAACUUGUUUCCAUUUUAUAUUAAAAAUGUGGAAAAGCA